AUGUUUAAGAGAAAUCUUGCAACAAUAUUAAAGAUACCGUUAAAAGCGCAAUCUUUAAUAUCUUUCGAAAGAAAAAUACCAUUAAAUGUGUUUACAGUGUUCGUAAUAACAAAGGACAAUUUUAAUAGCAGGCUCAUAAGUACAACCCUCCUUGAGAGUAAAGAAAAUGAAAAAUUGGGGAGUAAUACAUUUACAUACCGCUCCCACACUUGUGGUGAAAUAAGAUCAUGUAAUAUUGGGGAAAAAGUUACUUUAUGCGGUUGGGUACAAUUUGUGCGUUUAUCAAAGUUUCUUCUACUCAGAGAUGCGUAUGGCCUUAUACAGUGUAUAUCUACUGAUUCUAAAUUUGACCUAUCCAGUAUUCCACUUGAAACAAUUGUUAAAAUACAAGGAACAGUAACUGCACGACCUAAGAACAUGAUCAACCCUACCAUGACAACAGGUGAGAUUGAAGUGUCUAUAACUGACUUAGAAAUAUUAAACACUGUUGAUAAAAUACCAUUUAACUUGCGCGAAUACCAAAAACCAAAAAAACAACUCCGACUUCAAUAUAGAUACAUUGAUUUAAGGUUUCCAGAAAUGCAAUACAACUUAAGACAAAGAUCCAAUAUGCUGCACAAUAUGCGACGAUUUCUUAUUGAGAAGCAUAGUUUUUGUGAAGUUGAAACACCAACACUGUUCUGUCGGACCCCCGGUGGUGCUAGAGAGUUUGUGGUUCCUACUCAUCAUAGGGGUUUAUUUUACUCGCUAGUACAGAGCCCCCAGCAGUUCAAACAGAUGUUGAUGUCUGGUGGCAUUGAUAGGUAUUUCCAAGUUGCAAGAUGUUACCGAGAUGAAACAACUAGACCUGAUAGGCAACCAGAAUUCACACAACUCGAUAUUGAGUUGUCAUUUACCUCAUUAGAUGGUGUUUUAUCAUUAAUUGAGAACCUUCUCUAUGAAUCAUUUAUUAAACAAUUACCAAAACCUCCUUUUCAAAGAAUGACCUACAAAGAAGCUAUAGAAGGUUAUGGAAGUGACAAACCAGAUUUAACAUAUGAUUUAAAAUUGAGAAAUGUUUCUCAUCUGUUCAAUGAUAAAAGUGCAUUUCUAGUAGCGUAUUCACAAAUAUUAGGAAAACUAUCAGCUAAAUACAGAGAAAUCAUAAACAAAUUAAAAAAUAAGUAUGAAGUGAAUAUUGUGUUUGUAGAGAACUUAUCAAAAGCCUUAGGAGAAGAUAUAACAAGUAAUAUAAGACAUACAAUAGGUAGAGAAAAUUCUUGUAUUCUAGCAUUGGGUGAUAAGGAAAAUGUAUGCUUAUGUUUAGGUGAAAUCCGGCAAAUGCUAGCUGUGUUGUUAAAGUCAAAAUCCCUACUAUCAGUUGAAGAAACAAUGGCACCAUUAUGGGUGGUAGAGUUUCCACUAUUUGUCAAAGGGGAAAAUGGCUUGGAGACUUGUCAUCACCCAUUUACUUCACCACACCCUGAUGAUUUGCAUUUACUGGAUUCAGAUCCUUCCAGAAUGAGAUCGCUGGCAUAUGAUCUAGUGUUAAAUGGAAAUGAAGUAGGUGGUGGUUCUAUAAGAAUACAUAAUACUAAUUUACAAGAAAAGGUCUUGAAAGUUUUAGAUAUUGAUUCUAAGAAAUUGACACACUUUCUGGAUGCUUUAAGGAGUGGUUGUCCACCACAUGGUGGAAUUGCAUUAGGAAUAGAUAGACUUAUCUCGAUUGCUUGUCAAACAGAAUCGAUAAGGGAUGUUAUUGCAUUUCCAAAAUCACAUGAUGGCAAGGACCCAUUGUCCGGUGCUCCUAAUGACAUUAGUGAUGAGGACAAAAAGUAUUACCAUAUUGGAAUAGUGAAUUGA